UCAAUGCUCUAUUGAGUAGCAACAACUGAAGGUCUGUUACUCUAGUCCGCCAUCAUCAGGCAAGAUUUUAUAGAUUUUAUUACGGAAAAACGAUCGCUGCUGGCAACACCGAUCAAGAGUGAUUUGCUGCUGUCAAGUGUGAUCGAAUUGGGGCUACUUUAUCCCUUUAAUCCAGUUUGUCUUCAUUUAACUAAUUUAUUUAAGACUUCAGUGAGCCUGAUCGGCGUCCGAGUGCCUGAUGGCUGCCCCAGUAAUUCUAGCUGCCACAGCGAAACAUACAGCAACGCUUAUUUUCUUUCAUGGACUGGGGGACACAGGUCAGGGCUGGGCCCAGCUGAUGAACGAAAUCAGGAAGCCAUUCAUGAAGGUGAUUUGCCCAACUGCAAACACCAUACCUGUCACCAUAAAUGGGGGGCUUCGAAUGCCAUCCUGGUUCGACUUGAAGGCUUUCGAUGAGUCCGGGCCCGAAGAUGAAGAGGGCAUUAAAGUGGCAGCCAAGGAAGUGCAGUCGCUUAUAACUAAAGAAAUCAAUGCGGGCAUUCCUGCUGAUAGAAUUGUGAUUGGGGGCUUUUCCCAGGGCGGCGCCCUAGCGAUUUAUUCCGCGUUGACAUUCCCACAGCGACUGGCUGGAGUUGUGGGGCUCUCUUGUUGGUUACCCUUGCGAAAGAGCUUUCCAGCGGCAAAAAAAUGUCCAGAUGAUCUUGCGAUCAUUCAAUGUCACGGGGAUUUCGACCCAUUAAUAUCCCACAAGUUUGGCCAAAUGACGGCCUCCAUUCUGAAGACCAUGGUAAAGAACCACGAGUUUAAAUCCUACAAAAAGCUGAUGCACACUUGGUCUGAGGAAGAAAUCGAAGACGUUCGGGUGUUUAUUGACAAAAAUCUGCCUGGCCAAUAAACCUGGUCUGAUUUAUGUAUAUUUUUAUGUAAUUCGAGUGGUCUCACUAGAUUGGGCGUUACUGCUACACAUUCCCUUUGCAGGUCCUCUAUUUAGUUUAGAUCCUUCACAAAUCCUGGUAUUUGCCCCCAAAGAACCAUCGGAUAAUAAAUAGACUGUCCAGCAUAUGAUUACUGAAAA